AUGGAGGUGUCUGCACGAAUGGUGGUGUCCGAAGUGACUUCACUUGCCGUUGUCCGGAAGGUUACGUCGGUACCACGUGUUGUGAAUCGACGAUUGCCCAGCAUUUGCCAGCAUGAAGGAAUCUGUCGCAAUGGUGGACUCUGUACGACCGCCGACACGAAAUUGGGCCGAUGCGAAUGUACCGACGGUUUUGAGGGACGGUAUUGUGAACGAAGAAAAGCCGCCACCAAUGAAGCGUGCACCGCUGGUACCUGCAAGAAUGGUGGAUCAUGCCUGACCGGCUCGACGUGCAUUUGUCCGCAGUGUUUCUCUGGUAGCGACUGUUCGGUAAUUGAUGAAAAAUGUCUUUGGCAACGAGUCAAUUCCACGCAAGACAUCCCGGCCACCCACCACGACGGCGAAGAAAAAACUGCCCAUACGACAAUUCUCAUGCUAAUGGCUAUGGCUUCAAUACUGUUGUUGACUACGUGUGUGGUGGUGUUCUUCUUGAAAUACAAGAGAAUGCGACGAUUGCUGCGCGAUCCAAUCACGCAGAACGCCAUCAACGAACAUCGUCAAAUUCACGAACUUCCGAAGCGGCCAAUCGAUUGUCGAUCACCGUCCGACGAAGCGUACAAGGUCUUUGUGAUACCAUCGAAGAAAUGCAAAGAGCUGGAUGACACGGUCGUCGAUUAUCAGGAACGGUACGUUUCACAAAUUCGUGGACGCUACCGUACACUUCCCUGUGUCGCCGUCUCGCCAACGGUUGUCGCCUGCACUACUGCCGUUGAACCGGAUCAUCACUACGCGGAAAUCGAAUUUCGACCGACUACCGUAUCACUGGACGAUAAGAAGUUUGCGCAGAAAGCCUGCGUGGUAUAG